CAGCUCCAGCUAUUUUGACAGCUCACCUUCCUUACCCCACCAUACGAUCGCCGGCAUCAUGAAGCUUGCCCCUUGAAGUUGACAACACCCACUAGUCUGCGAAUUCGUCAAUGUCACGGCUUCAACCUCGCUCGAAGGCCAUCUCGACCUCGAAUUUGUCUUCACAAUCUGCCUCAGCGAACCCAACCACGAGCAAUGUUGCGCUCGCGCCUACGCCGGACCAACCUCUUUUUUCGGCACCAGAGAAGAUAGCUUCUGGGACCAGCACUCGGAAUUUAGCCUCAGAUCCAGCUUCCGACCGCUCAACCAUCUUCCUAAUUCGCCGUACAUUAUGUUCCCAUUUAGGAGACAAGGGGCGAAGUACUCCAGCGCCAAUCGACGAAAUCCUGCCUCCUCUGACAAGCAGCAAUGAAGUUGAUCUACAGCUAUACGCUUUCAUUGCUAUUAUAAUAAGAGAAUUUGUGCAUACAUGGUAUGCCAAAAUAACUCCGGAUCCGGUUUUUGUGGAGGAAGUUGUGAAGAUCAUCGCACAUUGCACAAGGGCUUUGGAACAGAGAUUGAGGAAGGUGGAUAUGGAAAGUCUGUUGUUAGAUGAAUUGCCAGAACUUCUUGAUGUUCAUCUUCAGGGUAUGGAUUAUAUAGUUCCUGUCAUACUCUUUUACUGAUGAAAUAUCACAGCAUAUCGAGCUGCAAACACUUCGAUAAACCCACCACCCAUUCAGACCAAUUCCAGAGAAAUAUACCAUGCCUUAUGGCCAAUGCCCGCACUCUCACCUGUUCCUGACCAGGAGAAUGGACCAUUGUCUCAACAACAAAGGAACAAUGAAACUUUAUAUCGACAGAUGCUUGUUCAAGGCGUUCUAGCCGUUCUCCUGCCAACAGAAGAUUUAGACAAUGAUUGUUUGACGACACUAGUUGGCCAAAUAUUCUCCGAGAUGAUAUUGGGAAAUGGCGUAGGCGGAAAAGCUUCUGAACCGUGGCUUUUAUGGGAAGGAAUUAUGAAGAUUGCUGAAGUUAUCAAGGCCCAAAUCUCUACUCCCAAAGUCAGCGAGCCAGUGUUAAAAUCGCCUGACUCUGUAAACGCCUCAGAAUCUUCGAAGAGAGGGAAUAUUCUCGGGUUUCCCAUUCAAAAGACCUUUUGGAUGGUGCUACAAUACGCAUUUGUUGGAUUCACAGCACUCCGGGUUCUCAUAACUACACUUGCUACCGCGUCUGCGCUUCCCUCUCGGCUUGCAACGAAUAAGCCAAAUGGUUCCCCCAACGAUUCCUCAGAAUCACAACCAACAUUCAGUAGUGGCAUUGUUCCGAACAAGAGACCUAUCAUGAAGAUGAAAAUUUGGUCAACUGCAUCACAUCUAUUGGACCUAGACUUUCGAAUGCCCUGGCUUUCAGCCAUGAUCUCCAUGCUUCAAUGGAGUUCUAUUGCUGGCCCGGGGGGUCUGGGGAAUACUGAUCAGAUAUUUGACAAGUAAGUUGUCUUCUUUGGUUUUGUCAUUCCUCAAGUCACGAGUCUCCUCUGGAUCAUCUUAUCCGUCAACCCGCAUACAAUUUCGGUCACUUGAUCGCAAAGUUUCCAAUCAUUCAAAGUGGUCUUCCGUCCCUGUAAGCCACACCCGCACGGAAGAACCCAUGGUCCUUGGUUCUUUCCGUUUCUCCACGAGCCAUCCUCGAUGAAGAAAAGGCUGCAUCAAGUAACCUGGCACUCUUAUACGAUUGAUCCAUUUCCUCUUCGCCGAUGCAGAUGACCGCAUUAAUUAAUAUUUCACAAUCCUUUCCAAUGUUUCGAUUCGUCCCCUGUUGACUGCACCACCACAAAUCAAAUUGUGGGGGGAGGCGGGCAGCGCCCUACGACGGCCCCCUUUUAAGCGCCCGGCUCUAUUGGGAACAAGGGGCUCGCCAUAUCCAGUUGCCUAUGCCUCGCAUGAUAUCAGCACGAAAACACAUUCGGUGAUUCCUAUCCAGUCGUUGUCGUUCUCGCCUCAUGCCACCAACUGUCUGCAUCUCACCCAAACCUCUCCCCCCUGUUUUUCUCGCUACCAUCGCCGGAAUGACUUGCUGUUUUGAGGAUCCUCGAGUGUGGUUAUCCCAUCCUAUCACAAGUUUCCAAGAGUCGAAACAAUUCUUACCGUAUUCAUGCUACCGUUACCUUUACACAGCACUCCAAACCCCCAAGGGCAGAGCAAGCCAAGCCACUUCCCAUCAUCAUGCAUCUCAUACCGGUCUCCUCCAAACGACCCUCACCCAGCGAAGGAACCAGCUAACUCAUCCCCUCCCACAGAAUCCUCUCCCACCAAAUCCACACCCACAUCCUCGACAGCACCCGCCUCCCCACCCUCCUCCUCACCCUCCGCACCGCCCUCUUCCCCAACAACACCCUCGCUCCCCCCCGGACCAUCCCCUCGCCCGCCGAAGCCCUCCUCCUACGCAGAAAAUGCGCACUCGCCCUCCUCGCCCUCGUCCCUCUUAAAGUCCAAACGCUCUACUUGGGCACCUCGGACGAGGAGCAGAAGAUCGCGGAUGUCGAGGAGGUCUUGGAUGUCUUUUCAGAUUCGUAUUGUAAUAAGCAUCUCCUGUACUCGGUCGUGGAGCUGGUUGUUGUGCGGUUGAUGCCCGAGAUGGGGGAGAAGGGGGUGGAGGAGUUAUUGGAGGAGAGGUUGAGUUAGUUGAGUUUGUUGAGUUGCGUGUUAAGAGCUGGGUUUGUGGGUUGUAUGAGGAGAUAGUUAUACGGAUGACUUGAGGUUGUUGCUUAGUUACUUACUUAGCUAGUUAGUUUUUAUUUGUUGCUUGCCUUUUAGUAAAUAUACC